CAUUAACAAUACUGACUCAAUUACAAAUAGCAAUUAUAAUGAUAUGUCAGAAAAUAUGAAAAGAGAUCAAAAUGAUACUAUCAUAGUAUCUUUUCAGAGAAGUAAUAAAAGUUCUCUAGGAAUGAUACUACUAAUAGCAAUGAAUAGACUAUCAUCAGGAACUACCACACCUAUACCUUAG